UCUAGAAUUUUCCCCCGAGAUGAAAUCACAAGCUGUUGCUCUGUUCGCUUUGGUGUUCGCUGCCGUAGGCUUCGCCCAUGACCAUCACCACGAAGACCAAAUUCCUCUGAAUUAUGUCAAAUACCCCUACCAGGCCGUGUAUCCAGGCGAUAAUGAAGUAACCGCGGACUCUAUUUUUUCUGGAAUUACCACAUUUGCGAAGCUACCAUGGGUGCAAUGUCUUGGCAAGGACCGAGAUACUACCUUUGAUAUCGCAUUUAUCGGCGCACCUUUUGAUACCGGAACAUCCUACCGCCCUGGUGCCCGGUUCGGGCCUGCUGGUAUUCGUGCCGGAUCCCGCCGGUUGACAUUGUAUGGAGGAUACAAUGUUCCCCUCGAGGUCAACCCAUUCCAUUCUGGACUCAAAAUUGUAGAUUGCGGUGACAUCCCAGUCACUCCCUACGACAACAAGUUCGCCAUACAGCAAAUUGAAGGCGGGCACAAGGAGCUCCUUCACCGACCUGCUUUUUCUCCACUUGGCAACGAUGCUCUCACCGGCAAGCCCCUCGUUCCAAUUUCGGUCGACGGAAAGAAUCAUCCACGGGUAGUCACACUUGGUGGUGACCACACGAUUGUUCUGCCUUUGCUUAGGUCUAUUCACUCUGCAUAUGGCCCAAUUUCUGUCAUCCACUUCGACUCCCAUUUAGAUACCUGGAAACCUUCUGUAUUUGGAGGCGCCCCUUCCGACCAGGCCGCUAUCAACCACGGCACAUACUUUUACUGGGCUAGUCAGGAGGGUCUGAUUAAGAAUGGAAGCUCUAUUCAUGGUGCUAUCCGGACCACGCUAUCAGGACCAGCCGAUUAUGCGAAUGACGACGCCUCUGGCUUCCGACGAAUCGAAGCCCGUGAGAUCGACACCAUAGGCACUGAUGGUAUUAUCAAAAGGAUUCGGGAGACCGUCGGCGAUCGACCCGUUUAUUUGUCCAUUGACAUUGAUUCCAUCGAUCCCGCAUUCGCUCCUGCGACGGGCACCCCAGAAACCGGUGGCUGGUCUACACGCGAGUUACGCACUAUCAUCAGAGGCUUGGAUGGUCUCCACAUUGUUUCGGCCGAUAUUGUUGAAGUUGCUCCUGCAUAUGAUACGAAUGCAGAGCUUACGACCAUGGCCGCAGCCGAUGUACUUUUCGAGGUCAUUAGCGUCAUGGCCAAAACCCCCUUGGGUAAAGUCGCGAAUUAAGCGAGAAGAUUCAUUUUACCUCAGAUCAAGUUAGCUGGUUUUCUCUCGGCAGUAAAACGAAUUUCUUGGUAUUCAUUUCCUCCUUUACUAUUGGAGAUUCCAUCUAUGCAUUAUGAGUUUAGUCCUGUAUCAAAUGCCGUUGGCCGCAGAGUAGUCACUAUUUGCGUUCGCAGUGUACGACAUCGUUGUUUCAGAAUUUAGAUAUUCAAUCACAGUCAUGUAAAAUA